UGAUAACGAACCAUUUGGGAACACCACUGCCUGGACAAUGAACAUACGUGGCAUCUUAAUAUUGCUAUUGUGUCCUAAAAGCCUUUUUGCGGAGGUUGAUCUCUAUUCGCGUUUGGCGCUUUUAGAAGCCGCAGUGUUAUCACUUUUAAAAACAGAUGCACAACAGACAGAGAAUAUCAGGCUUCAAGAGGUGAAGUUGCAAGAACAGUCAGAGGAAAUAAAGGAACUGAAACGGAUUAUUCACGGCAUUCAGAGAGAAGAAAGCUUAACGCCAGUGAAACCCAUGACACCCAAACAUGAUUUAUUGCCACAACAACAAGGAAUUCACAACAAUUAUACCGGUGAUCAGAAAUCAACAAGGAUAUUGUUAACACAGGAUAUUGAUAGAUCUGCCAGGACAACUAAUGGAACUAUUGCCGACAACGUUCAACGAACGGCACGCCAAGGUAUGGUCGCAAAUCCAGUUGCCUUUACUGCAGUAAAAGUUAUCAAUCAAGAUGGAAUCGGAGUUAAUCAAAACAUCGACUUUGAAAGUGUUGUUCUCAACGACGGAGGUGGCUACCACGCAAACCACGGCGUCUUCAUUGCACUAGUCAGCGGAUAUUAUUUGUUCACAACGUCGUUUCUGCUCUCGGCGGUAGACAUUCGAGUUGGCUUGAUGCACAAUGGCCGAGUGAUGGCAAAGGUCCAAUGUACUAAUCAGUGGGAGCAGUGUGCAAUGACUCUUGUGCUCAAAAUUACGGAGGGAGAUGAGGUUUGGUUGGAAAAUAAAGACAGCGGAUCCCAAAGCGAGCGAUUCGCCGACCUUACAGACGCAGUGUGCUUACUGCCCGUUGUGUACUGUGUGCUCAAGGUUGAGCCAAGUCGCCUGCACAUGACAUACGACCCGUACCGAUCAUUGCGCGAUGACCGACACAAUAGCAGGCUCUUCAGCGCAGACCUGAAGGAGCGGCCUGUCACACUCCAUUCAACCAACACAUACGUUAACAACGUGAUCAUAUCGGCAAUGGACAAGGCCGCAAGAUAUGAGCUUGCUGAAAGCUUUCUUAGCGCUUUGGUUCGGAAAACUGCCAGAGAGAGUCCGUUACCGAUAAGCCCCGCUACCAAGAUAACGGGAGUAACAAUUGCGAACACACGCUGUCCGAAUAGCGCCUUUGACUCAAAGAAUCCAUCAUGUAGGUCUAGAGAGCAGUUGGCGCUGUGGUUUUCGGGGCAGAUGGACAAUAUGCUUGAUAGAUUUAUCUGGGAAAUAGAAUGA